UCCUCUCCAUGCAUGCUGCGCACGCGUCGGAUUUGAGAAAGAUCCAGACGCAGUUUGGAGACAAAAUGGACAGCGCCCAUGGUGCUGCAAGUGAGCCCCCGACGCCUGCAUCUCCAGAAAGCGCCGAGAACCGCGGCCGCCGACGCGACAGGGACGACGACGGCGACACGGGCGACGGUGAAGGCGAUGGCCACGGCUCCUCGAGAAAGAGGAGGCGAAGCAGAAAGGGCCUCGACAAGAAGUUUGAGUGCCCCCACGAGGGCUGCGGCAAGAGCUAUUCACGGGCUGAGCAUUUGUACCGCCACCAGUUGAACCACAACCCCAAACAAAUAUACCAUUGUGACUUCCCCGACUGCCACCGGUCCUUCGUCCGACAAGAUCUCUGCGCGCGCCACAAAGAAAGGCACACGGCCCGAGGAUCCCAGCUGCUGCGCAAAGAUACCUUCAACAUGCACAAUCUGAAUCCAAUCGUAACAGCGGCGCUAGGUGGAAAGAGUGCACCGCCUCCCAAGGCCCUUGGCAUCAAGAGCCAGGCACCACCCCACGGCAUGCAGUCCCCGGCUUCGACUUCAACACUAAGCAGGCAGGACUCGAUGCAAAGAACUGGCAGCGACGAGACCUAUCGAAGCAGCUCUGACACUAAGCCGUAUGAUAUGCAGGCCCAAAAUUCUGGAAACUUUGCACCCCCACCCCAUCCGGCCACUAUGGGCAGCUACAGUGGAGGCCGGACGCCCCUCCACAACUCCCCACACGUGGGUAAUGGAAGCUUCACACGGCCCGAGCUGCGCGCGCAGACAUCCAACAUCAGUUCCUACAGCUCGACAUCACCCUUCAAUUCGGCCGUGACGCCGUCGCCCUACACUCCCUCAGCCUCGUCGACCAACUACCAAAACAACGCAAAAUACCCACAAUCAACGGGCACUCCGUCCCGAGAUCACGACAACCAGUACUACAAUGGCUCGUUCGGACAUGUGCCAAUGAACGGCGUCGAGGCUACGGGCCAAAUGGACAACCGGAUGCAAGGUGUUUCGGAUGCCAUCAUGGACCAGAACCCUGCCUACGCCAUCCCAAUGUUUGGCGGUGCUGGAUAUAGCCGCUCACCCUUUGCCAUGGCCGACGACUUUGCUGCUUGGCUGUUCAACGACAACCAGUUUGGUCCAAGAGGCGGAUCCCCCAUGGAUUAUCCUGGCGGAGUCAAUCCAGUAGCCGGUGCGUCUUCCCAAAUCGGACUCCAAGCACCAUAUUUUAACUAUGACCCCUCAGUCGCGGGCUACCUCAACAACCCCGCACCGCCAGCUCACCCCAUGGCUGUCCACAGUAUCCUAGACACGACCCUACCAGAGGCUGCAUUGUCGGAAGAGAAGCGCAAGGAUCUCCUUGAUCUAAUCCACAUGCGGUUCAACGAAACUGACCACACACCAGUCAAGAAGCAGAAAGAGGACAUCAUGGAGGGAGACAAGGACGAUAGUCGCCACGUCCUGAGCCUGCACAUGAUGCAGACUUACAUCAGCUCAUACUGGGUUCACUUCCACCCUCAGCUUCCCAUACUGCACAAGCCGACGUUCAACGCAAGCACCUGCCCUGAGCUUUUGCUGCUUGCCAUCAUGUGCCUUGGAGCGUCUUGUCUGGAGAAGAACUAUGGCCAGGAAACCACACAAGCUUGCGCUGAGCUAGCCAACUUCCUGGCCUGGCACUUGCGCUGGGAAAUGUUCAUGGAUGCCGACUUUCGCCCACCCGCCAAACUUUGGAUCUUCCAGGGCCUACUCCUACUCGAGAGCUUUGAGAAGAUGUACUCGACGCGCCCCUUGCACGAGAGAGCGCACAUCCACCAUGCCACAACUCUGACGCUGAUGAGGCGAGGGAGCUCGUUGAUUGGACGGUCGGCCAUGGACUCGCCUCCGAGCGUCAAAGAUGGAAAGAGUAACGGUUAUGGAGUAGCAAACACGCCUGAUGAGUGGUGGAACCAUUGGAUCACCAAUGAGGCUACCAGGAGAGCUGCGUUUGGGGCCUUCGUCAUGGACAGCAUCCACGCUACCAUGUUUGGUCACAGCGCCGUCAUGGUCGCUCACGAGAUGCGUCUACCUCUGCCUUGUGACGAAGCUUUGUGGUCUGCAACGAGCAGCUCCGAGGUGGGUCGCGUCGAGCAAACGCUAACUUCGAACGGCAUUAAGCCAAUGUCGUUCCUGGAUGGUCUCAAGAAGACCCUGAACGGACAGACGGUGCGCACAAACUCCUUUGGGCGCACCAUUCUCAUGGCAGGCUUGUUGAGCGUGUCGUGGCACAUGAAUCAGCGGGACUUGCAGGUCAGUUCUCUCGGCGUGACUACAGCCCUAGGUGGGCGUGACAAGUGGCGGGGCUCCCUCACUCGAGCAUUUGAUUUCUGGAAGCAGGAUUUCGACAACUCACUGAACCGAAACGACGAGCGGCCCUCGUCCAACACCUACGGGUAUUCUCAGUCCAUCGACGAUGACAUUGUCUUUGAAUCACGGACCGUCCUUCACCACCUAGCGCACAUGGCUAUGCACGUCGACAUUGUGGAUUGCCAAAUCUACGCCGGAGCUCCCAGGCUACUCGGUAGAUCUAUUACUCCGCAAGACUACAACGGCGCCCAACGCCGGAUGAAGGACGUAUGGGCCCCCACCGCUCGGGCCCGAGACGCUACUUUCUACGCCCUGCGCUUCCUCUCCAAUGUCAUGGUGGCCGGGGAGCACAGUCUAAACACCAACACAGCGUCUACUGCUGGCUUUUCUUACUCUGCACGUGACGAUUACCUUCUCAACCGGCCGUGGGUGCUCUACUUUGCCACGCUGAUUGUCUGGUCAUACGGCUUCGCACUUGACGGCCCUGUCAAGGAGCCAUAUCAGCUUCCGACGUAUGAAGACAAGGUCAAAGACAUGGUGCUCUAUCUCAACCGCGUUGGAGGGGUAAGGUCGCCUGAAGACCUAAGCAAGGUUACCAGCCGUAAUGCGUGCUUGGGGCUGCUCAUCAUCAUGAGGGACAUGUUCAAAAAGACAAGAUGGGAGUUGCUGCACGAGGCAAGCAACUUGUUGGCAAAGUGCAUUGAGAUGCUCAUUCCGGGUUCAACUGUCUUGUGAGCAAUAUUGUAUGGGGCGACGGUUUUCUUCUUGCCGCGGUGGCGCUACAACAUCCAAUCUGGCCGACCGAUGUUUGGGCCCGGCCAGUAUCUUUCGUUAUGAGGUUACGGCAUUCGAUGUGUACUGCUCUUCUCGGACUGUCAUUUCCGAUAUGAUUGCAUUCUAGCGAGGAGUGUUUGUUCUAGUCUCUUUAUGUAUAUUCACAAGUGGCUACUUGGACGGUGAUAUAUGGGCGGGUUCUGCUGCGCUGCUUGCUUUAUACCCCGGGC